GCCACGGCCACGUGGUUAACAUCCGAUGAAUUAUUGAUGGACACCACCACACAAUCAGACAUUCAAGAUUUGGUGUUUGGGAUUUUAACCGACACUGUGGCCCUUCAGCCUAAAUUCAUUGCUGCUUGUUUCGACGUCGAACCACAUCAGCCUGUUUCCCCUACCGUGUUGUCAGCAGACCGGGCCGACAACAUUACCGUUGACAACGCAAAGAAAUUCUCGAAGGAUGAACAAAGCCGUAACAAGACUAAAGUUCAGUCGGUUACAGCUGAUCUGCCAGCAAAAGAGUCCGAAACAAAACGUGCGGAAAAAAAAGCCUCCAAGAAAUCCCGCUUCCGACGAUUUUUGUCCAACGUGUUUGGCUGCUGUGUUUGCGGACGCCGCAGUCAUUAACAACAUGCAAAAGGAUUAGCCUACCAACCAAGACA